CAAAACAUCACAUGUGUCGAAAACCAGCCGUGGAUAGACAGAGGGUGUGACUCCGCCUUUUGAUCAAAGACCAUCCUCCUCCCUUUUGUCUUUUCUUCAGUUUGUUAACUCCUCUAAAAGCCGCGUGGACUUCGGGCGAGCCGCUCAAACCUUUUGGCUGGCCUUCAUUUCAUUUCGUGGGAUUUUGGCGCAUCCGGACUGACCCGGUCCAAAAACAAGAAUAAACUUUCCCUUCCUUUCUCAGAAGUUGUGUUUCAUGGAGUCUUUGUGGAACUCAUUUAUUGACAACACAGCAGCGAGGUCUGGGGCCAUAUCAUUGCACCAUCAUAACAAAGUUACUACAUGAUGAGCAGCCAGUCGAUGCACACAGUUGUUGACCCAUUGUUUCGAAGCAAGAUGCCAUUAUUCGACGGGACCAUAGCACCCACAGGACUGUCGAAACCACCAAAUAUGUCUGGUUUACUGGGUAAGCAGAUACUGCAGUACGGCGGGGCUUACUUCACGUACGAUCCCAGAGGAAAGGACGGAGCAGGAUUUACCCCUCCUUGGAGCAACUCAAAGCCCUCUCUGCUGGAUGGCAGAAGUCCUGUGAGUCACCUCUCUGGCAUGGAAGGUCAAAACCACAUCAUUUACAGGCAAGACAGCAAUUCUUCAGAGGAAGGCCAUUCUCAUCCUUUCUCUCUGCAUCACGCGCCAGCACAGGGCUUUAAGUUAUACUCUAAAAGUCCUGGGAUCAGCAGUCCCACAGCUACUGGGUCAGUGGUUGUUAGAAAACCAAAAAGUGGAGGUGAGAAUUCAUCUCUCCCAUCUGAAAACUCAGUUUACUUGGCGAUUCCUAAGCCACUUUAUGUGCAUAACCCCUGCUGUGAUGAACUGGGUUGUGUGAUAGGACAUCGAUAUGGUGUGGAACAUGGCUCUCAGAGGAUACCCAACACUGUAUAUAAGCAUGAUUGGAUGCAAACUGAUGCUCACUACACUGAAAGACCGCCCAUCCAGAGGACAGGACAAGAUGCACUGCUGCAACAGAGAGGUUUACAGUUUGAGCCCAGUGCAGAACAACUAAAGAGGGUGACUUUGGAGACAUACAGCCCAGGCAGAGCAAGGACUUUUCCUGCUAUGAUUGACCCAAAUUAUAGCAGUUACCCCUGCAGCCCGACUCGCACACUGUUUGGUUCUCUAAGUGAGCAGAGCCAGCGUUUACAAACUUCCCCCAGAGGCUACGCUAGCUUAUACCCCUCCCAUCCCACAUAUGAGCAUAUGACCUCAGAGGUUUAUCAGGAACAUUCUCCCAUGUCCAAAUAUGGCCAGCUAACACAGCACCCGAUGUUUUACUACUCCCAGGCCAAUGUGGAGGUAGAAAGCAGGACACAGUGUAAGCAGAGAGAAGAUGUGCCUGGUAUUCUCAAACACACAAUCUCAAACCCCCGGGAGCAUUACAUAUUGCCUCAGUCAAUUCAUGGUGAAAUGCCUUUGCCUAGUCCCGAAAUGUUGCCAAAUCAUGCCCUAAUGCGGGGUUUUGACUAUCCAUGUUAUGCAGUUCCAAGAUUUCAUUUAAAUGCGAGCCAAAUUAGAGCCCCCCUAAAAAUGCAACAUGAGUCGCAUAGCUUGCACUCUAAUCGCAUAAAUGUUUCCCCAUCGAGUCAAAACAUGGAGCACCUCAUGGCCUCUGCAACCAACCUACAUAAGGACAAACCAACCGCCAGCCUGCAUGUCGACGCAGGCUCUCACACCAACUCACCAUUCCGACGUGUGGACCAAAGCAGUCCUACCAGACGUGUAAGCCAAUCUGAUGUCUCACCUUCCAGCAUACAAAUGAACAGAUUUCUUCACCCACUCACCAUAGGCCGACCCGCCUUUUCACCAACUGGCUUGAACAUGGACAGAAUCCUGGACUAUUCCUCCUGUGAAGCCCAGGUUACGUGCCAGAAACAGCCCAAAAGCCUUCCCGUUUCCCCAGCGGCAUGGCUGCCCCGUUCACCGCGUCACAGUUCAGAUCAAAUCCACACAGCUGUACCUAAUAGUGCAAAUGUCCGAAAAAUUAUUUAUUCCCCUGCUGUUGCACCAGGAAACCAACACAAUGACCCUGUGUCCAGUUCAGGCACUGCUGCUCGAAAAAAGUUCCUGAAGAGAAGUAUUUCUCCCUCGUAUUCACCGAUCAAAAUAAAAGAUGAGGAUUUAUGUGGAGUGGAACUCGUUGCGAAACGACAAAGGGUGGAAAUGGAGAAUGUAGAAGUAGGAAUUAAAACUUACUCUCCUCCUAUGCCAGUUAUUGACAAUGUCUUCAGUCUGGCACCUUACCAAGCAUACCUGCAGGCCUCUGGAGUUUUGUUUCCAGGCAGAGUACCUCUGAGAACCAUCCACUCGCCUGAGCACCAUGAAGUCAAAACCAAGCCAGACAUCAAAGUGAAAAGGCCAGAGCAAGUUGAACAGCAGCCUGUUGUCUGUCUGGUUUAUAAAAAACGGUGUGCAGAUACUCCAACAGAGAAGCCUGAAGGAGAAACAUUUGAACCCAAAACUAUUAAAGUGGAAAAAGUAGACCCAUCAGACACAGAGGACUCCGUAAAAACUCCUGUAAGUCAGAGGGACUGCAACAAAAUAACAAUUAAAAAAGAGCCUGAAGAAACUGGUUCACCCAACAUUGGGCCCAUGUUGCUGAUAAAGAAAUGUGAACCUGAUGAACUUGAAAGUAAACCCUUAGAAGAUGAAAGUCAGACUUCACAUGAGUCCAAACCUGAUGAGGUGACUGCACAGAUAAACUCAUCUUCUCAAGGUGAUGUGUGCAUGCAACCCAAACCAAUCUCUGAGAUCAAAAAAGAUUUCAAAAACAUUCCUCUCCAGUGUCUGAAACUCUCCACCUACAAUAUAAUUCUCCACGAUACGAAGCAUUCUCGCACUGCUCGACCUCCAAAACAAGAACUCCAAGUGCCAGUCCGCAAGCACUUCUUUGAGUUGCACCAUUCUUUCUGCAAGCUAAUAUCCAAUUGUGUGUUGGCCUCCUCAGAGCGGGAGCUCAGAACCUGGUUGUCUCGGUUGGAACUGACCGACACGACAUCUCCUUCAACCAAAGUCCAGAAAGUGUCCUGUUUGUUGGGGGUAAAAGCCAGAGAGGUGUGUCUCAAUGAGGCGAUGAAGUCAGCGCUUCGUCAUGUCCUGGAGAGGUUGAGAGAGUACACAGCCCAGGAGCACUGUCCUUUUCCACACGUCAUGCGGACGGGGGCAGUGUUCCUCCCCAUGCUGGUGGUGAAGCAGCUGCUCUUUCCAACGGUCCAGGGCAGCUUCAUCGACCAAGUCCUUCAGGAGCACAGAGUGGAGCUGCGGCCCACUACGCUCUCAGAAGAAAAGAUCCUCAUCCAGCUUCACAAACAAGCCUGUUCCUCCAGGCUCCGGAGACUGAUGUCCCUCAAACACCUGCCUGACAUCUACGCCGAUGUGGUCAACCUGUUGUAUUACGCCUGUGUCUGCAAACAUCUGGAAUCAACUUCACCUGAUGUCCAAAAGAGAGUUCAGGAUUAGAUAUGGAGGAUCCGGCUGACGGAGAGAACGAUGAAGGUUGUGAGGAGACUAUCAGGACUCCUGCAUUUUCAGACGCCACUGCCUCACAAGCCUCACCCUCGGAGUCACUCCCACAGAGACUUCCCAAUGACCAGGAAACAAUAUCAGAUUUGAACAUGAAUACAACAAAAAGCAGGAUAAAGAGCAGUUCGAGGCGAAUGUUUCUGGACAACAGUUUGUCAGAUGAGGAAGAGACGGAUGAUACAGAGAAGUCCUUAAGUGGAGGUGUGCUGAAUGCCUUUGAGAGAAACUGGAGUGGCCAUCAGUGUGAAGGGACUGGAGGGAGUGACUGUAUGGUUGCAGAGCAGGAUUCUUCACCAAUCACAACACAUGAAAAUUCAUGGAUGUGUCCUUUAACCGUGGACAAGCUUCCUCCAUCUCCCACUGACAAGGAGACAGACACAGAAGAAUACUCCAGUCUGCAGCCUGUUAGAGCCAAGUCUCCAGUUGGAUCCAAAAGAUGUUCAGGUGUGGUUCUCAAACUGCGGAAGAUGUUUAGCAAAGGUCUAAACAGAAAAAAGGCCUGCUACCAAGCAAUCUCAGACUCUGGGACAUUUGCGGAUCCUUCCCUCGCCCAGACGAAUGAUGGGGCGGGAGAAGUGAGCAGCGAGAGGGACCAUCACAGGAGGAAACCCAAAGUAACCCACAGGUGGCAGAGAACAGGAAGCUUCUGUCACGCAUUAAGGCCCCUGAGCAGCUCUUCUAAAAGGAAACACAGAUCACUCUCUAAGAUCAAAUACGGUCCCUACUUGACUGCCUGCCACAGCGCUAAACACAGGAGGCGAUGGGUCCUGCGUUCGGCUGUACAGAGGGCCAUGAGGUUCUACUACCCAGACCUGGUGGGAAAGAGGAUUCGCCAUUUGUAUGAAGAAGACGACAAAUCAGAAGUGUGGUACAGAGGGGAAGUGCUGCGUGUCCACGAGGCCCACACUAACCCCCUAAAGACUAUAUUUGAGGUCAGGUAUGACAGCGAGCCAGAGUGGAAGUACUACCUAGAGCUACUCAUAGACUAUAAAAAAGGCUGGCUCAAAAUUGAAGACUGACAUUUGUGUGGGAAAACUAAAGUGUGAGUUUUGCUUUUGGUCACCUGACAAUGUAAUCACUGUUCUUUAUUAGUUCACAUUUUUUUACUUGCCAACAAAAGGCUGAGCCCUAAAUAUCUGUUUGGCCUCCUCAGGAAUGAUGUUGGACUGAAUAUUUUUUUGGAAUAAGGUAAUUCAUUGACUUCUUUGUUUUAAGCGCUUACCUUUUUGACAAACAUCCAUUACUUUUCUCAUUUAUGCACAUUAAAUUGUGGUUAUGUGAAAUAAAUGCUACAACCUUGCUUAAUUUAAAAACUGCUGCAAAAAAUAUUCAAGUGUCCCUUUUUUAAACUUUUUAAUUGUAAGUAACCAUAAAGUUUGGUAUUUGUCAUUAUCCCAAUUUUGUUAAUUGUAUUUGAGUGAAGUUAUGGACUCUACAUAGUUUUUCUAUUUUAAUUUAGCUAGUAAAAAGACAUGAAGACUUUUAUAAAAGGGUCAAACAGCGCUAGCCACAUGUAUGUAGGUUUACAUUAAUAGUGUCAGUUGUGUACAGCAUUAUAGCAAGGACUGAUUUUCCCACUGAUUGUAGUAAGUGGGUGUUGUGUGUAACUGAAGCUGUGCAGGCACUAAUGUAGUUCUGUACUGAGCUUCUCAACAGGUGUUUAAUGACACCCAGGAUGAGACGUCCCAAUAAAAUUGUUUUAAUCACUGAACCUUAAGACUUUUCCCUCAAAUGCUAUUUUAAAUUUGUAUAAUUGUCUUAAACUUUCAGAUAAAAUGGUUUAAAACUUUACUCAAUGUCUUAAAUAAAUGUUUGUAUUAUU